CAUUUCAAUCAUUCACUCACCAUCUUUCAAAAAUAUUCCGUGCCGUGGUGAUAACGAUACGAUUGUUAUUUUAAUUAAAUAUCCCGACUCGAAAGCGAUAAUUUAACGACUUCUAUUACAUUUAUAGGUAAAGUGGUCAUAAUUUGUAUAGCUUUAAAUUUUUGCGGUUCUUGUGAAUAAACACAUUACAUAAUGCCGCUGCUGCGAUUGACAACGGCAACUUUCGGCCAGCUACGCACUUUCGCGACGUCACCAGCCCUUGGGAAGAGAGUGAAGACCUUCGCUGUGUACCGCUGGAAUCCAGACGAGCCCGACAAGAAGCCUUACACUCAGAAUUAUGAGGUGGAUCUCGAUGACUGCGCUCCCAUGGUGCUGGACGCUCUGCUGAAAAUCAAAAAUGAAAUGGACCCAACGCUGACAUUCAGACGUUCAUGUCGCGAAGGUGUAUGUGGCUCCUGUGCCAUGAACAUCGAUGGCAUAAACACACUAGCUUGCAUCAGCCACAUCGACGGAAACCUGAACAAGCCGACAAAAAUCUAUCCGUUGCCUCACAUGUACGUUGUGAAGGAUCUCGUACCAGAUCUGACUAACUUUUACCGCCAGUACCAGUCUAUCGAGCCUUGGCUGCAGCGCGACAAAGAGGCUGUGAAAGGUAAGGAGACACAGCUGCUGCAGGACGUGAAGGACCGCGAGAAACUCGACGGCCUCUACGAGUGCGUGCUGUGCGCGUGUUGCUCGACUAGUUGUCCGUCGUACUGGUGGAACGGCGACAAAUAUCUCGGGCCCGCGGUGCUCAUGCAGGCCUACAGGUGGAUCAUCGACUCCCGCGACGACGCCACUCAGAAGCGUCUCUCCAAGCUGAAAGACACAUACUCUGUGUACCGCUGCCACACUAUCAUGAACUGCACACGAACAUGCCCUAAAGGUUUGAACCCUGGUCGUGCUAUUGCCCAGAUCAAAACCAUGCUGUCAGGUAUGGUCAAGAAGCAGCCACCAAUUAUGGACCCAUCAGGGCUUGAGAAGCAGGCUGCACACAACUAGACAUCACACACUAACUGAUAAAAGGCUGGAGACUGCAUAGUCAGACAGUAGAUGUACUUAAUAGGUUCAAUCAAUGACAACCUCAGUUAAGCUACCUUAGAAAUGUUACCACACAUCUAAAGCAGUAAGUAGAGAUAAGAUUGAUUUUUUGUAUCCAUAAUCUGCAAGACCUGUAAAUAAUUCGAGAGUAUAUUAUAUCUGUAGAAAAAUAAUAAUAAUAUUAUAAAGUAGUUGCAAUCACUUUAACGAGCAGCCAUAAUGUAAUGCCAAUUUGUUUUUAUAUUUUUUAAGCAGCGGGAACUGCUGUCAAACUUCCUAAUCAUAUUACAAAAAAUAUUUUUGAUGUUUAUUGUUGGUCAGCUGAGUAGUGUAAUUGUUUGAUAAAACCUUAUAGCAUUUUUAGACUGUUUUUCUUUCAAAUAGCUCUUAUUGAGAUAUAAUUAAGGCAGGUCCUAAAAUCAGAAAUAUAAAAUACUUGCCAACAACCAAAAUUGUUAAAAUACUGGCUCUAAACUUGAGAAAUCUAUAAAUUUUGUGGAUUCUUUUUAGAAGAUAUUAUUCAAGGUUAAUGACGAAAACAUUAGCUUGUUUUUGUCUCAACUUAAAUGUUUUUGCAAACUGUGUAAUAUGCACAAAAACUACUAUCAUUUAUAUAAUUUGAGUAGUGUUUUCUUGUACCUCAUUGCUUUGAUUGCCAUUUUUGAUUAAUAAAAUGGCAAGCUAAAAAGAUUUAAAAUUAUUUGCAACUUCCAAAAACUUGUUUCCAUUUUUUUUAUCUUUUUCAAAUAAACUUUCCUCAAUUUGCAAUCUAAGUGGUCAAAAGGUCAACAUGUUUGGCUUAUAAACUCUAGUACAAAAUGGACAUUUGCAAUAAAUCUGAUAAUUAUUUUAUUGAUAUUAAAUUGUGAAAUUAUUCAAAGUAUUAUAGUAGAAAGUAUUUUAUAGUACGGAUGCAACUUCAUUUUUAAAUUAUUGAGCAUCGCAUGUUGUAUUUAUUAUUCAUUUCAUGUGUUGUGGACGCAUUGAACUGUAUUAAAGUUGUUAAUAAAUAAUCAUGUAAGUAAGC